ACGGAGGCAUUUCAGAGAGUAGAAAAAGGAAGUUGGUUUUUGCCCAAAAUGAAAUUGAAUACUCCAUAGUUAUUAUGGGUGGUGGUAGGCGGCUGAGUGAUAUUUAGUUUGUGUCGAGAAUCUUUGUCAGAUACAUAGGUUUGCGGUAGAAGGACCAAUCGAAAGAGAAGUGCAUCAAAACUUUUGGGUAAUUUAAUCAUGGUUGCUACUGCUGCAACUGCAUCGCUGUUUCCUAUUCCUUCACCACAACCCAACUCUGGUGCUAAGACAUAUGGUAAUCUUGGUGGGGUACCAAGUAAUGUUGAUAUGCGUGGAACCAAGACAAAAUCUUUUAAUUAUGGGAUUAUGCAAGUUAAGUCUAAUGGACAGGCUCUUGUAAAGGAAAAUGGAAAUAGAGUACGUGUCAUGAAUGGCAUCAAGACGGAUGAUAAUGUUGCGUCACAUGCCCCACGUACCUUUAUCAAUCAGCUGCCUGAUUGGAGCAUGCUUCUUGCUGCAAUUACAACAAUCUUCUUGGCUGCGGAGAAGCAAUGGAUGAUGCUUGAAUGGAAAACCAAACGGCCAGACAUGCUUGCUGACUUGUAUUCUUUUGGUUUAGGGAGAUUUGUUCAAGAUGGUUUUGUUUUCCGUCAAAAUUUCUCUAUUAGGUCUUAUGAAAUAGGCGCUGAUCGUACUGCGUCUAUAGAAACGUUAAUGAAUCAUUUGCAGGAAACUGCCCUUAAUCAUGUAAAGUGUGCUGGGCUUCUUGGUGACGGGUUCGGUUCAACUCCAGAGAUGGCUAAAAGGAAUCUAUUUUGGGUGGUGACGAAGAUGCAAGUGAUAAUAGAGCGCUAUCCAACUUGGGGUGAUGUUGUUCAAGUAGAUACUUGGUCAGCUCGUUCUGGGAAACAUGGGAUGCGCCGAGAUUGGCUGCUUCGUAAUUGCAAAACAGGCGAGGUUUUAACAAGAGCUUCGAGUAAUUGGGUUAUGAUGAACAAGGAGACUAGGAGGUUAUCGAAAAUUCCCAAUGAAGUCCGAGCUGAAAUAGAGCAUCGCUUUCUAGAUGUACCUGCAGUUGUGGAUAAUUACGGUAGGAAAUUACCUAAACUUGACGAGGCAGCUGCUGACUAUGUUCGCAGCGGUUUGACUCCAAGGUGGAGCGAUUUGGAUGUCAACCAACAUGUUAACAACGUGAAGUAUAUUGGCUGGAUCCUUGAGAGUGCCCCACAAGAAGUUGUAGAGAAGUAUGAGCUUGAUAGGUUGACACUUGAGUACCGUCGAGAAUGUAGGAAGGAUAGCGUGGUGAAAUCACUCACCUGCAUAUUAGGCAGCAGUGGUGGUGGUGGUGGAGGAAUAGUUGAUUCUGGCCAUGUUGAUUGCCAGCAUGUGCUGCAAUUCGAGGAUGAUGGGAGAGAUGGUGCUGGUGCGGGCGAGAUUGUGAAGGGAAGGACCCAUUGGCGGCUAAAAUGAGUAUUGAAUCUGAAAUAUUGAUCACUUAUCUGCUGGAAAUGCCUGAUAGCGCAAUUGAUUAUGGUGUUUAAAAGAACCAGUCAUCCUAGAUAUUUAUACUAUUGGAAAUAACUUGUAAUGCCUUCUCCUUAUAAAUAUAUAUGUAGGGGAAUAUAUAUAUACAUAUAUAUAUAUAUAGGACCCGUAUUUCGAGAACCCUUUUAUUUUUACAGGAACCGUAAAACUCCUAAAUUAUGUAUUGGAUCACAUGUUUUUAAAGUUCAUUCACAUGUGAAACGUUAUAAAAAUGUAUGUUGUAGAACAAAACUUUUUUCAAAACCUUAUAUAUAGCGUUUAUUUACAUGUGAACAGACACGUAAAUAAAUUCAUUCACAAGUUCACACUUAACACAAGGCUAGUUUGAAGGUUUUGAAAAAAACAUUUCUACAACAUACAUAUUUAUUAUGUUUCACAUUUGAGCGAACUUUAAAAACAUGUGUUCGAUGCAAAACUUAGGAGUUCUACGGCUCUUAAAAAAAUAGUUUUCAAAAUAAAGAAAAUAUAUAUAUAAUUCUGAUCGAA